AUGGCCACCUCAACCCUGGAGUACCAGCUGCAGAGUGCCCAGAAGAACCUGCUCUUCCUGCAGCGGGAACACGCCAACACCCUGAAGGGGCUGCACGCGGAGCUGCGCCGGCUGCAGCAGCGCUGCACAGAUUUAACCUAUGAGCUGACUGUAAAGAGUUCAGACUCAUCAGACAGUGGCGGUUCAAGAAGUGAUGAACUCAAAAGUAAGUGCAAGGAUCUUGAAGCUCAGCUGAAAAUCAAGGAGGCUGAAAAUAGUGAAUUGUUGAAAGAACUUGAACAAAAGAACGCAAUGAUAAUGGUGCUGGAAAAUACUAUUAAAGAAAGAGAAAAGAAGUAUUUGGAAGAGUUAAAAAUGAAAAGCCAUAAGCUCAACAUGUUGUCCAGUGAACUGGAGCAGAGAGCGAGCACGAUUGCCUAUCUGACCUCUCAGCUGCAUGCGGCCAAGAAGAAGCUGAUGAGUGCCAGCGGGACUUCGGAGGGGACCCCGUCUGGCAGCCCCGUGCUGUCCAGCUACAAACCAUCCCCUCCCAAGGACAAACUGCCGGAGACGCCGCGGCGCAGGAUGAAGAAGAGCCUGUCCACACCGCUGAACCCCGAGUUCGAAGAGGCCUACAGAAUAGGGUCCGAGAGCCGCAAGCUGGCGCUGCGAGAGCCCGUGGAUGCCAUGCCCGAUCCCACGCCCUUCCUGCUGGCCAGGGAAACGGCCGAGGUGCAUCUGAUCAAGGAGAGGCCGUUGGUGAUUCCCCCGAUCCCUUCGGAUCGCGCGCCCGGCGAGUCCCACAGCCCCGCCCGCGAGAAGCCGCACAAGGCGCACAUCGGGGUGGCUCAUCGCAUCCACCACGCCGCGCCCGCCCAGCCGCAGGACGUGGAGACCCUGGCAGUGGAUCAGGUCCACGGAAACAAAGUGGUCAGAAAGCACUCGGGGACAGACAGAACUGUCUGA